AUGGGUAAACUGUCAUAUUUAUAUACAGACUCCGAAGAGACAGAAGACACAUCCAGUUCUGUCGAAAAUGUUAAAAUGAAGAAGAAGCUAUCUAUAUUAAAAUACAAAAAUGGUAAUGUGAAGAAGAAGAAAUGCAAAGUACAUAGCAAGUCCGAGCCCGAUGACUCAGACAGCCGUAGCCAUUCCAGCCAACGUAUUACGAUGCAAAAGUUGAGGGGCAUAUUGAAACAUACUGAACGUGAAUCAUCAGAAGAAGAUGAAGAUAGUGAGCCAAAUCCUAUAUUUCGUUCACGAGAUCGGUGCUUCGUGGGGCGUGUCCCCCGGCCUGCUGGGGCGAAGCCCGGUCGAGGAGGUGGAUUAGCGUUCAUUGUUAGAAAGAAUGGAAGCGUAAGUUUAUUUAGAUGUACAGGAGCUCUAUUUAACACUUUC